AUGCUCAGCCUAGCAGGCACAGGGGUGUGUGAAUACACCUCAGUCCUCACUGUGCCCAGCUGAGGCCACUGGGGCAGGUGGGAUAGCCGGCAGUUUUGCUGUUAUGGCUAUGCCAAUGGAUUUGUGCUGAAGGUGGAGCCCUACCAGUUUGGAAGAGGUGACAUGGCUCAAGGGAUACACCUGCAUUGUCAGGAUGAUUCAGUAACCACCGAGUCCUUGGCUGGGUAGUGGGGUACCUGGAUCAGCUUCCAAGUUUGUCCUGGAGGCUACUUGAUCUCCAUUUCCCUGAGAAGAGAGGAGUCCCAGGGAGGAGGUGAUAACACAGCUGCCAACAACAUUCAGUUCAGAUGCUCGCAUGAAGCUGCACUGAUGGGUGAUGGGCUCUUGUGGGGCACCUUUGGCUYCUGGACCAACAGCUGCAAGAUAUGUGGCCUCCAGACCAAGGUUGAGCCCCCACAGGGCCUUCAGGAUGACACAGCACUCAACAAUGUGAAGUUCUGCUGUAAAUGA